AUGGCCGCCGUCGCGAUAUCUUUAAUUAGGGAGCGCAUCCGACCGCUGCACGCGCGGCAAGGCCUGACGGAUCUCGAUGAAUCGAGUCUGGCCACAGGUUGGACAGCGGCUCCCCGUUUUGGAGGAUUCAACUUGACCAGGAUCUCCUGGAUACCAUCAGCGCGAUCUAUCCGGAGUGGUUUAAGGAUUACACUAACAGUCGAGCAGCAUCGACGUCACCUUCGACGUCCUCAGACGCUUCCGGCGCGCAAUCCUGCGACGACAACGCCGCCGUGGUCGUCGUUACCGAACGCGGCGGUGAGCAUAAGGUCGGCAAAGGCGACGCCAGGUCCAGGUCAAAGGCGAAGAGAGCGGACGGCCAUAAGGAUAAGGACCGGGACAAGAAGGACUCUAGGCGCGACGCCAAGGACGAGAGGGACACUGGAAACGGUAAGAAAGGGACGAGGCCCUCGCCGCAGCAGGAUAAGGCAGCGGCGGACGCGGCAGGAAGGAAGACCGCGAGUGCCCUUUCAGGAUCGGAAUCGAAGAUGGCCGAGGGCAAUCAGUCGCCGCCGAAGGCGGAGGUCGACGAUUCACCUCUCCAGCACGCCAUGGAUCGCAACAAGGAAUGAACCGAUAAACGCAGGAGCAUCGUUCACCGUUCCGAGGGAUGGACCGAGAGUGAUCAUUUCUCGUCAGUCGCGCCAAGACAAUCGCCGUUUCCUGACCAAUCCGCGAAUUUCGUGAUAAACGCGCGACUUUAAAAAAAAAAAAGAAAGAAAGAAAAAGUGUCGACGCGUCUCUGGGCGCGCGUCAUCGUCUUGUUUCUUCCGGAGAAGUGUAUCUCGCGUAAAAAAAGAAAAAGAAAA